AUGGCCGUCUGUCCACAAAGUACCGGUCUGGCCGCCUGCGCUUCCGUGUGGGCUUCGCGCGGCUUGGGAGGCUUGCUGGCAAGCUCAGGACGUCAGCGCUUCGCGGCCCUGAAUCAACCUCGGCCACGAUUCCUCUCGGAGUUUGAGGUUGAUUUCGAGUCUCCUGUCGGAAGGGGAGCUUGCUCAGUGGUUUUUGCUGGCAAGCACAGAAGCAGCAACUUUGAUGUGGCCGUGAAGGCCAUGAGCACGGCACUGCCCACGGAGACAGGGGCCCUGCCCGUGGCUUCAGGCAUUUGCAACGAGAGCACAGCCUUCGAUCACCUGCUCGAAGGCCCGCCACACCCCAAUGUUGUGGAGCUGGUUGGUCGAUUCGAAGGUCUCGGCAGCGAGGAUGAGCAGGUGCACUACUUUGUCACAGAACUUCUGGCAGGAGGCUCUUUGGAGGACUGCCUGCAGGCAGGUGGUAUGGAAGAGGCGACAGCGCGGCGCAUCAUCAGGAGUGUCUGCCAGGGACUGGCCAGCCUGCAUGACCAAGGCGUCGUGCAUCGGGAUCUCAAGCCUGGAAAUGUGCUCUUCAGCAAGGGGGAGGAGGAUCCGAAGCUUAUCGAUUUCUCACAUGCCGCGCUGAUCAGUGGGGACGAGGAGACGUUGACCGGGGAGCUCGGAACGCGAGGUUACGUGGCUCCAGAGGUGCUCUCUGAGCGGCCCUAUGGAAAGAAGUGCGACGUGUUCUCCCUUGGCUGCACCGUGCAUGCGCUCCUCAGUGGCCGUCCGCCGCGAAGGCAUCUUCGGGUUGGCUUUGUCCAACAGCUGCCAAGCUCCGUUUCACCCUCCGCCCGCCGCUUCGUGGAGGCCCUCCUGACCGUCGAUCCGAGAAGCCGCCCCUCGGCCAGGGAGGCCUUGGCGGAGAGGUGGCUGCAGGAGGAGUGA